CGGAGGCUGGAGGUGGUGUGCGUGAUGUCCUUGCCCUCUGGAUUUUGGGCUAACCUGGAUUGAAAAACUCACUUAGUACUCGGUGGAGGUCGCAGUGUUAUUAUAACCCGAUUUGACGUGAAGAAGCAGUCCGUCAUGCCUUUUCAUAAAUACGCCCCCAAAAUCUGGGACGCCAUGAAAAUGAAGCAGGGCAUCUACGCUCGUCUGCCCAAACACUACCUCAAGUCCCUGGAACCGAAAGAGCCGACCCCCGUCCACUGGAAGCCUUUGGGAGUCGAGUACCAAGCCAACCCGACGACGGGGCUCAAGGAACGGGUUCAGGAUGUCCCGAUACCGAUCUUCUACCCUCCACCCUCCCAGGACGGCCUGUGGGGAGGAGAGGGCUAUAUAUCCGGCUUCAGAUACGCCCAUAAUGACAAAAUGUCCACGCGUCUGAAGAAGACUUGGAAACCACAGCUGUUCAGGAGAGAGUUGUACAGCGAGAUCCUGGACCACACGUUCACCAUCACGGUCACGGCCCGCACGCUGAACCUCAUCGACGCCGCCUUCGGAUUCGACUUCUACAUCCUCAACACAUCGAAGGAAGACCUGAACUCCAAGUUGGGGAUGGACCUGAAGAGGGCCAUGCUGCUUCGCCUGGUGCGCAGGAACACAGAGCUUUACCCCUCGGAGCCCGUCAAGAGAGAGAAGGUCUACAACAGAUACAAGCAGUUUGAGAUCCCGGAGGAGGAGGCCGAGUGGAUGGGUCUGAGCCUGGAGGAGGCCGUGGAGAAACAGAGGCAGCUGGAGCACAAGGAGCCGGAGCCUCUGUUCAAGGCGUGUGUGGAGGAGCUGGUGGAAGAGCUGUAUGUCCAAAAACUCUCAGAGCCACACGUCACAGAGAAUAAGUCCUAGAGAAUAAGUCCUAGAGAGCGGGACAGAGGCUGGAAAAUGAAGCGUCUCCGGAUGUCGGUGGGAGUCGCUGCUUCAGCUUGUGUUUUCAUCUGAGAGCGACUCGAACGAUGAGGUCGUGUUGGAGUAACGCUUAUUUAUUUACCCUGACAUUAAAGAUCCAUACGUAGGAUAUUUUAGGAAUUAAGAGGAAAAUCCUCCGUUAGUGUAAAUACUACCUGACCAGUUUGUUGUGAUAUCCAAAUAAUAAAAGAUACCCCUUUUUUCUUAUCUGUUUCUGCUCAUCUGUUAUCUUAAAUAAAUAUUUAAUGGGU